AUGGCAACUGCUAAGUUGUUCUGUGCUCUCUUGCUAUGCAUGGUGCUCUGUGGCCCCAUGUUGAACGUUGAAGCCUUAUCUUGUAGUGUUGUGGCCGGUGACUUGGCGCAGUGCAUUGGCUAUCUGAGGAAUGGGGGGCAGGUUCCUGGCCCUUGCUGCCAAGGAGUUGCGGCACUUAACAACGCUGCCAAAACCACCCAAGAUCGCCGGGAUGCUUGUAAUUGCAUAAAAACAACUGCCGCUAAAGUUGGCGGGGUGAAUCCUAACAACGCAGCUGCUCUCCCUGGUCUCUGCCGUGUUAAUAUUCCUUACAAGAUUAGCACCUCCACUAACUGCGCCAGCAUUAAGUGA